GCGCAUGUUAUCGACAGGGGGCUGGCUUGAUUAAAAAGUCAUUUGAAUAAAGCGAUGCUGCAGUCCAAUUUCGGAAAAGCAAUAUCUUCAUAUCACGAUAUCAGCUGAGCAGCUGAGCUGCGGCGAAAUAUAAAGAACGGAAGCUCGCAUGAAUAGUUUUGAGAGGCUUAAGAUGCUCGCUUCUUAAUUGAUCUCGUGUUUCCAUAUGGCGUCUGUUUUAAACCUCUCACAGGACAAAGCUGUUUGUUUUUUGCGGACAGGAAGUCAAACAUACAGUGCUAGCGAAAAGUAUAUAUCGAAUUAUUAUCGUGAAAUGAACAUCGAAUAAUUCACUCUCGCGAAAUGUUUACCAGAAUACCGACAUUUAUUCCUACAGAAAGUUUGGAAACUGUCAAUGAACAGUCAAGCAGGAAAGAAGUGAAGAAGGCAACGUACAGCGUCGGCCAGGGACGAAGGAAGCGAGCGAAAGCAAUAAGAAAAAGAAUAUCAACCAAAAAAGACAACCACUGUGAAGAACUACCUGUAAUUUCAGGCCGGGAGAGCAGAGCUAGAGCACAUACACUGCAAACACCGACACAUUUUCACAAGUUAAGGAACAGUAAACUAUUUGAAAGUCGUACAACCUCUCCUUAUACCACACCUGUACAAAAAACGAGAAUCAAUUCUGAACUAAACAGAAGAGUGCGAAGAAUAACAGAACAUUCAGACCCAAUGACAGUUGGAGACAUUUUAAGCAUGGGGAUGGAUUUAACUCAUGAUGAAACAGAGCCAUUAACACAUCCUACAGUGCAUACAAGGAACAGAAGGAAGCUAACUGAUGACACGCAGGACACACAAGUUAAAAAACAAGCGAAGAAGUGGCUCCAUACCCAAGUAGAUAACAACAUGGAUACCAACAAUACGUCGAGGACAAUUGAACGUGUAACUAGCAGAAGUGAAAGCAUCACAGACACUGAAUCAUCAUUACGAACACCUUUGCAAUUAGACAUUCAGUCAUCCUUAAGAAGUUCAAGUGCACAUUUUCAUGACAACGAAGUGUCCAAAAUUUUUAAAUCGAAAAUCCCAGUUCGAUUCCCAGAUAUACAAGAAAACAGACGUUAUACUGCCGAAAGCAAAGUAAAAUAUAGUCCCAGCAAACUCACUACACAUCUUCCACAAAUAGUUGGUGUGAAUAGUAGUAAGAAUUUGCCCGAUAACUCAGAGCGCGUGACGCAGUCAAUACUGGAUUAUCAAAGUAUAGUCGAGCAGGAUUUCAAACGGCUUGGAGAAAAUCUGGAAAGUACUUUUAAAUUGUUACAACAGUACAUCAGAUGUAAUACAAAUGUGAACGCUAGUACAUAGCCUUGAAGAGGUGUUCUUAUAAAUACAGUUUAACUCAUGCAUAAACUCUUUAUAAGGUUAUCGUGUCUGAUUAUAGAGCAAAUAAUUUGUGCUACAUAGAAUUUUAAAUAAAAUAAAGAGGGAUUAUCUUUAAUUUAAACAUGUUCUACAGACUAUAGCAGUUCAAAAAAACAAAUUCGACUGAUUCGGAGCUGAAAAAAACGAAAUGUUUGAACGUGUUUGUUAAGUCGCUUGGGUAACAGACAAAAAAGUUGAAUAUUACAUUUAACUGCCUAGCUUUGCC